CAAGUUGUGUCACCUCCCAUUUCAAUUUGGCAUUUCGUGGUGUUUGGAACUGGAGACCUUGUAUAUUGGUAUGGCACAGACUCAUAAAGUUGCAACAACUUGAGUAAUAUGCCAUGGAUCACCCAAUUAGACCAUGGUGCUGGCUGUUUUACACUCUUCUGUUGGCAUCUUUGCCAUCUUUUAGAGCAGGUGCAGCCAUCACCAAGCUGACAGGACCUGAGCUGUUGGACGAGUGUGACAAUGCCACCAUCUCGUGCACGGCUCAGCCAGCCGAUACUGAGCUCUGGUGGACCAAAGAUGAUGUCAAUGUGUCACGGUCAAAUCGUGUCACCUUCGUGCGCGAAACCAAGGACAAGUCUGUGGUGUCCCACCUGCAGCUGUGGUGUGUUCAACUCUCCGACCAGGGCAGCUAUACGUGCCACGUGGCUAGCGGCGAACCGGGCACGACGACGCUGCGGGUCCGAGUGGGCCCGGAGCUGGCUACGAGCGGUAACGGCACAGCCCAGGUGGGAGGCUCGGCAGCGGUCAGCUGCUCGUUUCGCGGCAGUCCGACGCCGAACAUCGUCUGGAGCGCCGGCAAACAGCCGGUCAAAAACAGCACCUCAAAGUACACCAUCACCGUUCGUAACGUCUCAUCGACGGAGGUGGAGAGCCAGCUGACGGUCACCAACGUGUCUAACAAGGACGGCGGCCAGCUGACGUGCCAGGCCGGCAACGAGGCGGGCACCGCCGAGCAUACCGUCCGAAUCAUAGUUCAGAGGGAGCCCGAGGUCACCAUCACGAAGGCGGUCGCGGUGGGCAAGUCUCACAUCUACGUCAAGUGGACGGUGGAUGACGGCAACUCUCCUCUGACGGGCUACCGCCUGCAGUUCAUGGCCGUCGGCUCUAACGAGUGGCUCUACUGGCCCACGGAGGUUGCGGUGAACGCCACCUCGGCUGUGCUGAGCGGCCUGGAGCCGAGCCGCGGCUACCAGGUGCGACUCACUGCCGAGAACGGAGUGGGCCGCAGCGAGACGGUGGAGGUCGGCCGCGACGGCCAGCUCAUCACGCAGGACCGCGACCUCGAGUACAAGCCGACUAUUUCGGUAAAGGCGGCCACCAGCGAGUCGCUGACACUCAGCUGGUCACUGCCGCCGCCCGAGGUGGCGCCCCACGUCCAGUCUUACCGACUGAUGAGGGUCGACCGGCUGCAGGGCGAGGUCAAGGAGAGGACGGUGCUGCACCCGAUUACGCUGUUCCUGUGGCCGGACCUGGCCGCCGGGCGCACCUACAACAUCUCUGUGCGCGCCUGUAACGACCUGGUGAACGUGUGCGGCCCCUGGUCCGACGACGUCCAGGGUACCACCAUGGUCGACCGUCAGCUAAAGCCGCGUCAGGUGACGCUCCAGUGCCGGCUGGACGGAGAGCGGCUCAGCUCGGCCGUCCUAUUCGUUUCCUGGCAGCCGCCGGCGAAUGCUGACUCCUCACUCGAGGGCUAUACGGUUACUGUGACCGGCAUCUCGGAGUACAUCGGCGAGGACGGCCAGUCCCGCGAUCAGAUGAACUACGGUCCCGAGUCGCGCAAAGUUACCGGGCAGGCACUGUCGACAGAGUUCGUAGUCGACCCCAAUACAAACUACACCGUUCGCGUGUGCGUCGGUACGUCGGAGCCGGUGUGCACGGGUGGCGCGGUGGCCAGCUGCCAGGUGGGCGGCGGUCUGCCGGCCGCCCAGCACCUACAGACCUACAACUGGUGGCGCGUCAACCACUACGGCCGCUGGCUGCUGCUGGUGCAGGUGGACCGGGUGACCGAGCGCAGUGGGCCCAUCUGCUGCUACAGGAUUGUGAUGGUCCGUCUGGCCAACGGUCAGGAGCUGGAAGAGCUACCGCAGCCCGAUGAGGUCCCUCUGCUUUCCUAUGAGGAGGUCCAGGCGCGCGGAGAGGGCGCCUAUCUGGCCGACGCGUUUGGAAGCGACUUCGAUAAGACCCAGUACGUGACGCUGGGCGACGGCCAGACCCUGGAGACUGCCGCGUGCGGCCAGUGUCAGCAGCAGCCGGCGGAUGGCGGCCGGCGCCGGCGGCACGGCCGGCUGCCGUGGCGGCGCAGCAGGCGUGAGGCGCCCACCGCGCCGCCGCCGCCGCCGCCGCCACACGACGGUCCCCUGAUCAACGACGCCCGGUACACGGCCUUCGUCCAGCUGGUCGUUCGUCGCGAGGACGGCGGCGUGGCGGUGGCCAGCACCAACUACCUGUCCCCGCUGACGCCGGCGCCGGCGCCGCAGCAGUACCAGCAGGUGCUGGGCACUGUGCUGGGCGUCGUCUGCGCGCUGGUCAUCUGCAUGCUGAUACUGCUGGUUACGCUGUUCGCGCUGAAACGCUACGGCAAGGACGUGGUGGUGUCGAGAGCGCUCAGGGAUAUGCUGGGCAGCGUGCGCGGGCAGCCUGUGUCGGGCUCAGCUCCCCUGCCGCCGAUCGCGCGCCACGAGCUUGUCUCGGCCUACCAGGACCGGCACCGUGACUCGGACCUCGGCUUCCGGCGAGAGUUCGACUGUCUGCCACAGAGACUGCACGAUCGUACCACGUACGCCUCGGAGGCGCCCGAAAACUACAAAAAGAAUAGGUAUCCGGAUAUUCGCGCGUACGACCAGACGCGAGUGAAGCUGAGUCAAAUCGACGGCGUGCAGAGCACUGAGUACAUCAACGCCAACUUCGUCUGGGGCUACAAGGAGCGGAAAAAGUUCAUCUGCGCCCAAGGUCCUCUGGAGGCCACCAUUGACGACUUCUGGCGGAUGGUGUGGGAGCACUGCUGCGAGCUGAUGAUCAUGCUAACCAACCUGGAGGAGGUGGGGCGCACCAAGUGUGCCAAGUACUGGCCCGAGGAGGGCGAGACCACCUACGGCGCCAUCACCGUCUCGCUGGCCGAGGAGAAACCCUACUCAGACUACAUCCAGCGCGUGCUGAGCAUCAGCCGUCCGCGCUCGGACGGCUCGGUGGAGACACGCCGCAUCACCCACCUACACUACCUGGUGUGGAAGGACUUCAUGGCGCCCGAGUACCCCACUGGCAUCCUGCGCUUCAUCAAACGCAUCAACGAGAUGUACUCGCUCGAGAUGGGACCCAUUCUGGUCCAUUGUAGUGCCGGCGUGGGUCGGACGGGCACCCUGGUCGCCAUCGACUCCCUGCUGCAGCAGAUGGAGGAGGAAGGGGAGGUGACCAUCUUCAACACCAUCUGUGACCUGCGGCACCAGAGGAACUACCUGGUCCAGUCGCUGAAGCAGUACAUCUUUGUGUACCGGGCGCUGAUGGAGUACGCCCAGUUCGGCGACACGGAGAUUCCGGCCGCCAAGCUGGCCGCCACCUACCGCUCGCUCUGCGGCAAAGAGCCUGAGCGGAUGAGAACGCGACUCGAGGAGGAGUUCAGGCGGCUAGGCGAGGUGACGGAGGAGCGGAAGGCGUUCACGGUGGGCAGCAGUGACGAGAACAAGGAGAAGAACCGGCUCGACUACAUCGUGCCCUACGACGUCAACCGGGUGAUCCUGGCGCCGCUGCCCACACGGCCUCUGGACACGUACAUCAACGCUUCCUUCAUACAGGGCUACGACAUCUCCGAGACAUACAUCGUGACUCAGGAGCCCCUGGAGCGCACGCGGGCCGACUUCUGGCGGAUGGUGCUCGACCUGGAGAUCUCGUCAAUCGUCAUGCUCUCAGAGGACCCGGCGACGGCGACGGCGGCGCCUGUCGAUAUAUCCGCGGCGGGCGACUCGGCUGACCCUGAGCAGCCGCCAUCGGCCGGCACGCCCGCCUCCUCAGAGCCCUACUGGCCGGCGCUCGACGAGACCGUCACCUACGAUCACAUCACAGUCAAGUGUAUGAGCGUCAAGGCGGGCCCGCCGGCAGCCCCCUACACGUGGAGGACCUUCUGUGUGUCCAGUGUAAAGGGUAACGACUCGGUGACCACCAGUCAGCUGCACCUGGUCGGAUGGCCGCCGGCCGCCGCCGACACUCAGCAGACGGUCAAGGCUCUAAUACAGCUCAUCAACCGGCUGGAUGAGGUGCAGGAUGCCUGCCUCAACCCGGGACCCGUGGCCGUCCACUGCAAUGACGGCGGCUCGGGCAGCAGUGUGGUGGUCGCCCUGGCUAACCUGGUGCACCAGUUCACCCGGGAGCGGCGCUGUGACGUGUUCCAGACGGUGCGCAAACUGCGCUCCCAGCGACAGGGCAUGGUCCAGGAACUGGCGCACUACGACCUGCUGUACCGCACCAUGGUGGAAUACUGCGCGCUCUCGGAGUCGUGCGGCAACGGCCACCCGUGAGUGGCGCGACUCGGCCCGUCAGCUUCUCAGCUAGUCAGCCGGUGCGCCGGCGCCGCCCGCGUCACUCCCGCCCCGCCCCCGCCCCCGCCCCCGCCCCCACGUCACACCCCGAUUUUAUAGAUUUUGUAUGCGGACUGCGCGGUUCGCUGCCGGACGCUCGCGCGUCACGCUUGUACUAGCUUUUCACGGCCCUCGAGCGACUUGCUCUGUCGGAGGACGGGCCCGCUGCGCCGGCCUCCGCACGCCAUUGGUGAUACUUGUCCGUGUCGUCUCACCUGUGAGAGAGCUGAGUGCUUCGCAGUUCUUGAUGCGAGAAGUUUUGUAUUGCGUUGGUACCCAGGUGGUUUUAUGUUGUGCGUUGAGCCGUCUGAGUUGUGUGGCGCGCCUCUCAGAUGGGCCGGUAUCUACGUGAAUGUGUUUAAUGUAUAUAUUGGCACACGACUCGGCGCGAGCGGAGGCGUGUCGCUGCGUCACGCACAACGCGCCAGCACGCGCCGCGAUCGCUGGCGCAGCUGCUUCCAGGUGUAUCGCCGGCCUUGCCCUUUCAUUGCGCAUUUAGGGUGAUAUCCUUCUGCUCAUUGGUGUCUUUUGUAUCGAGUGUGCCAUACGCUGGAUCCAUGUGCGGCGGCGUGCACUGGGCCGCCGCGGGACGGACGUUCUGUGGACUUGCUCUCGGAGAGACAGAGUAGGCUCGUGUCGCUGCCGUCGACGGUGUUGCACAACUCGCCGGCACGAAUUGCGCGAUCCCGAGAGCUUUGUGACGUUUCUCAUGCGUGUGGGUGCGCGUGUGCGCGUGAGAGCAAGCGAACGAUGGAGUACCACGGCUGACGGGGGACGGCGAGCGCCGUCCUCUGGAGGACGCCGCUGGUAGCGCGUGCCGAUCGGUCACACUGUACAAAUGAGAUCUGCUUUGUUCGGCCGCAUCUCUGAUAUGAAAUUCUCUCCGCCGCGCGCGCAUUGUCGCAGUAUGAAACUACAUACACUGGAGUUCGUUGGAGUUCGA